ACAUUCACUAGCCUCACGCCCUUCGCGUUGGUCCAAUCAGUGAAGAGCACCGCCCACCUUUGGCCAAAGUGAAUGACAGUUGGUGUGUGAUUGACGUGGCGCCCUGCUGCAGGCCACGCCCCCUGCCGGCACAGCUUAGCCCCGAGCGCUGUCCACAUGAAGCAGGUCCUGAAAGGCGCCGCACACAAGGCAGAGCUGAUCUGGAGGAGAGGCCGUAGUCAUAGCGCGGCACAUGCCUUCACUGUCCUGACCACCAGGACCCUGCUCACUGAUCCCCGCUGCAGUCACGGCCACAGUCUGGAGACUACUUUCCAGCCCGUAUGGACCGAUGACUGAUCAUCCAGAAAACUUUUCCUGUCAUCUAGAAGCACCGAAAGAGGCUCUUCUCUCCAGCAUCCUCUGGAAUCCUUCUGCCUGGGCUUGGAGGAUGCCCAAGUAGCCCCUACAUGUUACUUCCCUGUUACUGGGAUAUUAUGAUCGCCAAGGAGGGGGCUGACCAGUCACUGGGCACAAUGCCAGUCCUAUCUGUGCUAUAGGUGAAGAAGUAGAUAUAGAGCUCGGCUGGAGCAGUGUCCAUCACCUAUGUGUCUAUGUGGAUGGACAUUUGGUGGGAAGUUUGCAGUGGAUUAUACAGCUAUACCGUUACCUUAGUGGGAUCUAAACAAUAUUUUUGACUAAAACAAUGCAUAUUGACUCUAUACAGGCUCUGCUAUGAGGGACAGCUAGGAAGUGAGUGCGCACUCCAUGUUGGAUUCUUCUGCUGCCUGAAUGUAACACUAAACUGGGGCUACUGCUGCUGCUGACAGAUCAGUAACCUGAGGAGUUAACACCUUGCCAGCCUACAUCUGGGAUCUGACCUGGGGGGGGGGCUCAUUGUACUGGAUCCAGCAGCUCAUGUUCUAAGAAUCUUAUUAAGGAGAUUACUACAGACAUAAGGCGCUGCUAGCUCCUUACAUCUCUGGAUCGCUUCGAUGGAAAUACACUGUAAGCACGACCCGUUUGCAGCAAUGCAUAGACAUGGGGGAGUAAACCAGCUAGGAGGUGUGUUUGUAAAUGGCCGACCACUUCCUGAUGUAGUUCGUCAAAGAAUUGUAGAACUUGCCCAUCAAGGUGUCCGGCCAUGUGACAUCUCAAGGCAACUACGAGUCAGCCAUGGAUGUGUCAGCAAAAUUCUCGGCAGGUACUAUGAAACUGGAAGUAUUAAACCGGGAGUAAUUGGAGGAUCAAAACCAAAGGUUGCAACACCCAAAGUAGUAGAUAAAAUAGCAGAAUACAAGAGGCAAAACCCCACUAUGUUUGCAUGGGAAAUCAGGGACAGACUAUUAGCAGAACGAGUGUGUGACAAUGACACAGUGCCCAGUGUCAGCUCCAUAAACAGGAUCAUCCGAACAAAAGUUCAGCAGCCCACAAACCAGCAAGUCCCACCUUCAAACCAUAGUAUAGCUUCAACCGGUUCAGUGACUCAGGUCUCCUCUGUAAGCACAGACUCAGCAGGUUCUUCUUAUUCUAUCAGUGGAAUUCUGGGAAUUACGUCAUCCAAUGCAGAAAGCAACAAACGCAAGAGAGAUGAAGGAAUUCAGGAAUCUCCCAUACCAAAUGGUCAUUCAAUUCCAGGUAGAGACUUUCUGCGGAAACAAAUGCGAGGAGACCUCUUUACUCAACAACAACUAGAAGUGUUGGAUCGGGUAUUUGACAGACAACAUUAUACUGACAUCUUUACAACUAGUGAACCAAUCAAACCAGAACAGCAGGUCCGUUGGCUCCCACGUUUGGAACAGGUUGAGUUUUCUGGCGGUUCGACAGCUCAGUGGCACGAUUUUCGACUCGCUCUUCAUCAUGAGCCCAACAGCCGAACCUCGACAACAGAUUAUUCUACUAUGGCAUCUCUAACUGGUGGGUUGGAUGAAAUGAAAUCCAGUCUAACAAGUCCAUCUUCAGGGGAUUUAGGAGGAGCAGUUCCUGGACCCCAAUCAUACUCAAUUGUAACAGGUCGUGAUUUGGCAAGCACAACCCUCCCUGGGUACCCUCCACACGUCCCUCCUGCCGGACAGGGCAGCUACUCUGCUCCAACACUGACAGGAAUGGUGCCUGGGAGUGAUUUCUCUGGGAGUCCAUACAGCCAUCCACAGUAUUCAUCAUAUAAUGAUUCAUGGAGAUUUCCUAAUCCUGGCUUACUAGGUUCUCCAUACUAUUACAGCGCAGCAAGAGGAGCAGCGCCCCCUACUGCUGCCACUGCCUACGAUCGUCACUGACAGAAUGCAAUGGGAACAUAAGCACUUACAACACCAUUUGUAGGAAUUGUAUCAUAUUAAUUAUAUUACUAUAAUAUCUCAAGAUGAGAAGAAGGAGUAUACCAGGAGAGACACACAACAACCCAAUAAUUUAUUUUCCAUCCUUUUCAUAGGAAUUGAUUUUAACUUGUUUAUAUUGUUCUGUACUUCACUGAGCUUGCUGAAAUGUGCAGCCUAAUGAAUAUUGGAAUGAUAUGCUGAUUUGGCUACACUGGGACAGAUGAAAACAAUUAACCAAUUAACUUGCUCGUAUUGUUCAUUUUAACACGAGACUUCACGUUAUUGGCCUAGAGGCCUAAUCUCAUAUACUGCACCAUUGUAAAUAACAUGCUCAUUUGUGUAAUUUAUGAGAGUGGCUUAGCAUAUACUGCAACACAAUACACAUUUGUAACUUCAAGUGCUUGUUUUAUAAAAUGCUGCACUGAUUCACAGAAUUCAGUAAGCUUUAAUCCAACAUUAAACCAGGUUACUAUCCAUUAUGGCUUCAUAUGAGGCUGACAUCCAUUCCCAAUAUAUGUAUGAGGUUCAUUCCAUCAUGUGUUAAGAAUUGGAAGCAUGAUACACUGCACAGUGCAGUAAAUGGUCACCAUAUUAAAAGUUUUAUGCCAUGGAAGAAGCGUUAAUCUGUUAUAAUUUACAUUCCUCGGUGAGGAAAUCUGUACACAUUUAUUAUAUCCGAUUGUUGUAUGUGUGCAAAGUAAUAUUUAAAGGGGAUCAUUAAUAGACUAUAAAAUGUUCAUUUACAAGUAUGGAGCCGAACCACAGAAUUAAUUCAAUAUAUAUGAUAUUCACCUCUAACAUAAUCAAUCACCAAUGGUAGACAAGCGAAGCUAUACAAAAUAGUUCAAAAAUGCAUUGACUGCUGAGGGUGUUGUCAUAAGCCACUUCUGUCUCUAUACCUUCUUAGAAAGCAUAUUUCUAGUGAGGUAAUUAUAUGGGAUGCAGUUAUACAUUGGCCCUGAAGCCAGAGGAGGACCUAAAUUUCUUUCUCUGCCAUAUGAGGAGACAGUACUAUGAAGCUGGAGGGCCCUAUUGCAGAUUUUACUUUGGAGCCCAGUAGCUUUAGGUUCCCACUCUGCUCCUUUGUAGUCAUGGUUUUGAUGCAGAUAGAAAAGCAUAAUUCACAACAAAGCCUGAACCUUUAAGUUUCAUUGACAGUGUCACUCAACAUGGAAAGUUACUGAAUCACUGGGACAUUGUUAGUGGACAAUAUCAUUAAAGGGAGUCUACCAGCAGUUUUGACUAAAUUAAACCACUAGUAUUGCUGAAUAGAAGAUGUUAUUGUAAAAUGAACACUACCUUUAAUAUCAUUGUCUGGGAAGUUUUGUAUUCAACAUGCAAAUUAGCUCUGUGGUGCACUUAGGGUGUGAUGGUAUCUCUAGGUACACUGCUAUGUCCACACAGAUAUAGUGGUGCUCCUACAGUUACAGUCUUCUAAGAGCUAUAAUUCUUUUCCAUCUGCAGAGCCAUUGGGCUGCUCUGGCAAUAGAUCAGCUCUCUGCGAGGGCAUUGCAGGAGGCAGAUCCAUCCCCUGAACUGCUUAAAUGCUGCUGUCAGUUUUGACUGCGGCAUCUAAAAAGUUAAAAUAGCCAGCAUGGAGCAAUUUCCUGAAAACAACUGGGUAUAGAGCGGGCUUGAGUUCCAAGCCUGCUCCAUACACUGAUGAUGGCCACAGGUUGACUAUACCUGUUCUGCGUGGUCAAGAGGUUAACAAUUUUUUUCCCCUUGCCUAUUCCCAUCAUUUGAAUAUACAGUGAAAUCUCCCUUAGUGGACACCUCCCAAUAGGGGACACCUCCCAAUAGCGGACAUAUUUUAAUUACCCGGCAGAGUCCCAUAAGACUUAAUGUAUUUGCACCCUCCGAGUAGGGGACAUUCUCAAUAACAGACACGGGCACACCUAAUAGGGGACAAAACAUUCCCAAUUAGGGGACAAAACCCCUCCCAAUAGGAGACAAAACACUUCCAUUAGGGGGACAAAACACCCCCAAUAGAGGACAACCAGGCUUAUGUGCCAGCUCUACCUUGUACACAGGGCCGCCAUCAGGGGGUACAAUAAGGGGCCCAGGCCCCCACUCCACCCCCUGCAGAACCCCCAGCACAGAAGCAGAAGACCGAUGUGUAAAUGUGGUCUCCGGUUUCUGUAUGUCCGCUGGCCUCAUCAUUCACCCCCUCCUUCCCUGAUUUCCCCCCCAUGCCACUUUAUUCCCCUGUGCCAAAUCACCCCCCCCUUUAUUACCCUAUGUGCCACAUCAUUUCCUCUUGAUCUCCCCCCUGUGCUAUUUAAUUCCCCCUUUAUAGACCUCUUUGCAAAUUCAUCACCCUCCUUUACCACCCCUGUGCCAUUUUAUUCUCCCUUUAUCCCCUGUGCCACUUCAUAAAGAGGGGGUGAUGAA